AUGUCAAUAUCUCAGCUACCUCAGGCUGCUGUUCGUCAGCUUGGCUCCUCUGUCGUCAUACCUUCUCCUGUGUCACUUGUCAAGGAACUCGUAGACAAUGCUAUCGACGCCAAUGCAAACAAUGUCGAGAUCAGGAUCUCCGCAAACGCAGUAGACAAGAUCCAGGUCAGAGACAAUGGCCACGGCAUCAGCUCAGAAGACUACAAUGCUCUUGGACGCCGGUCUCAUACCAGUAAGCUUCGGACUUUCGAAGAGCUUCAAUGCAAGGGAGGCCAAACACUUGGGUUCCGCGGCGAUGCCUUGGCAAGCGCAAAUGCCGUCUCGAAGCUUACUAUCACGACGAGAACGAUCCGAGAUCCAGUGGCGGUCUUGCUGGUACUCAACCCCAAAGGCGGCGGCUUUACGGAUAAGAAGCAUGUUUCGGGCUCCGUCGGGACGACCGUCGACGUCUCAGACUUGUUUGCCAACAUUCCGGUUCGCAGGCAACAAAUUCUGAAGGAGAGCAAGAAAAUAUACAUGCAGAUCAAAGACCUUAUCCAGGUGUACGCACUCACUCGGCCUCACAUUAGGCUCUCCUUGAAAGUCAUCAAAAUUGACAAGCUCUCGUGGUUUUAUGCUCCAAGUAAAGAGGGUGAUAUCCGAGAAGCAGUUCUCCAAGUAUUUGGGUCCGAAUUGGUUUCGCAAUGCGUCUAG